GCAAUCAGAAGUCAAAAAUAAAAUGACUAUAAUUAGUAAUGACCAAAGCAACUGGAAAUGGUGUCAGUCAGAGCCGAGCCAGCUUUCUUUUUAUCUGUCACCUAAUGAAUGAGGGCUGAGGUUAUUCUCCAAGGAUGAGAGGGCUGAAUUUUUUUCCCAUUCAAAUCUGGUGCUGUGGGACAAAUGCAAACUCAGGGCUCAUUUACUACCUUGUUUUUCAGCUAUGGAACCUGCAGGCAGGUUGUGAGCAAUUACGCUUUUCCCCAAAGCAUCUAAAAUAACACGGCUCUGCUCGCUGUCCUGGAGAGCGCCGCUGACGCCAUCCUGUCACCUUGGAGAUGGAUAAACAGCUCCAGCAACACUGGGUUAUAAUCUUUCAGGUCUGAGCUUCUAAGCUGACAGCCGUACAAUUGAGACAUGAGUCUAGCAAAGAUUUUUGAUCGUGGAAAGAGUCUAAAUGUAAGAUGAGAGGAGAAGAGAGGAGAGGAGGGGGAGAAAGAGCUUAAGCCAGGCUCAGUGACCAGGCUUUUUGCUUGGCUGCAACAGCAGUGAAUGAAAUGAUUUAGCUGUGGCUCACACUCCUUGCAGCAUGGGGUGACUCAGGUAGUGCGCAGGCAUACUUGGGCCUGCAGGGCUUUAUUUUUAGAUGUCUGAAUCACUGUCAUGCCUAUAGCCUCAUAGAGCCGUUAGACGAGUGGGGAUGCCCACAGACCCCAUAUUAAGUCAUGUUUGGUGAGCACAGAUUCCCUCGCAGCCUUUGUGACUCCUGUGCUCUGAGCUGCUUGCUGAAGUGAUGCAGAAUCUGUGCCCUGUCUCUGGAUUUGUUUUUUCAGUUCAAAAUGAAAUGUUUAGCUAGCAGCCUCAGUGGUUUUUAUGUAUGGAGCUGGGCGAGCAUGGAGCACAGCAGUGCUGUUGAUGUUGGAGACUGCUUGACUGUUGUGUUGUUUUAGUGCUGUUGGCACAGGGGAGCUACGAGUCGUGUUACCAGUGUCGUAAUCCCAUUAGUUCUCUCGGGCUUGCAGGGCUGUGCAAAAUCAGUACUUAAAUAGGAAAUUACCAGAGACUCACCAGAUGCUGCACAAAGGUUUGCUCGUGAUUCGGUAAAUGGCAGCAUUUCUGCUUGUGGGUUGAUAGGGAACCGAAGUGCUGGAGUGGCUCCUUCAGAUAAAGCAGAGCAGAAGUCCCAAUUGCUGCUUAUCAAUAAAUUACGCUGUAUUUUUCAAAAGAAGCCUCAAAGCUAGCUGGGAAAAACCGAACUUGGGUAGCCAAGUUCUGCUCCUCUGAGUUCCCUCCUGGUCUCAUGAACUGUAGCUUUGUCCCUUUGUUUUUCCACCUGUAAAUCUGUUGGGUAACGUUGCAGAAACAUUUUCAGCAGCUAAAGGGAUUCCAAGUUAGUUUGUCUGCAUGCAAAGUGAUUCCUCUGUUCUGAAUUAUUUGAGGCUAAGAGGGGGCCAGGAGGUCACCCCACUAUCCGCUCUGCCCGUGCUGGUUUAUGCAGUGCAUCUUUCCUUCCUCACAACCCAAAGAUCUGCUUCCAAACACGAAGCUGGAAGAAAGAAGAGCUGUACUACUAAUGCACCAUCAAAUUAAUGUUGUUGACUUAUCCAACCCUAUUUGCUGCUGUUGGGAAAUGUGGCUGUAUUGAUAAGCUGCCCCGUGUGCUUCCCAGUUCCCUUGCAGACACUGUGAGCUCUUUCCACAUGAGGUUGCUGCAGCUGGAGAUGUCUCAUUCACGGCUGCUUAGGAAAAAAAAAAAGAAACCCUAAAUAAAAAUGUGCUCUCUGACAAAUAAAAAUGUUUUGCUUCCUCUGGAGGCCCCAGAGGGCGGCAUAAAAAAUAAUGAAGCCUGUGAGUCACUGAGCAGAGCUUGGCCAGCUGAGAGCGAACUGAGCCUCCCUUCUCCAUAGAAGUUUGUGUGCUGUCAUUGCACAUCAUUAAUGCUCGCUGCUUUAUGCUCAUUCACUGUAAUGUUGCCAAAAUAGAAAAAGGGCAGUCGGUCUUUCCGCUUGCAAACGCUGGCUGCUUCCAAGGUGACGUGAUGUUAAAGGAAAAGUUUCCUCAGCGCUCAGGAGCCAUUGUUUGAUCCUCAGCUGCCCCUCCUCUGCUGCUUUCCUCCAAAAUCUGGCAGCUCUCCUGGCAAGCAUUCCCUGGAGGGGGCCGUGGUGCUCAGAGCCAGCCCCACCUAAGGUACAAAGGUUAGGGUGGGCGAGCUUCCUGGUCGACAUGGGACCCUCCCUUUUCUUUCUUUCUGAAUCCCCUGCCCAGUUUUUGUUUUGUUUCUGGAUGAAUUCUCAUCGUUUCAGUCCCUGUGGGUGAUGACAAGGUUGAGGAAAGCAGAUUUGCUCAGGUUGAAGUGGUAGGUCUGAGGCUUCUGCAGCAUGCCCAUAAAACACUCAGGAGUCUGAGGGGAAUAUCCUCUUUGUCUUCUCUGUGUUCAGGACAGCAGCUCAUCCCUUGGAGAGCAUGCGGCAUCAUGUGGGCGCUACAUAUCAGCAUCUUUAGAUGCUAAACCAUCUCUAGGGCUUUUGGAGAAAGAGGGCGUGCAAUGCAGCAGAAAGCCAUGUCAAGGAGAGCUGAGCUGGGCAUGGCAGGCGUGAAAACUGGGGACAUAGAUGGAGUUCUCCUCCUUUUCUGUUCCUUUAAUCCUCCGUGGAUCUCCAGUAAUACUCAUGUAGUAUCUUGACAGAUCUGUGCCUUGCAGAAUGUUUUGUGAUUGUCAUCAGACGCCCUCCUGAACCCAUCUGCCCGUCCUGAUGUAACUGUCCUCUCAUUUUUCUGACAGCAGAACUGGGUCCGGAGGACCAAGAGCAGCAGCCCCAUCGCUGUUGCUUCCUUUGGUAGUGCAUUGCAGCACCCAAUGGGCAGGCUCAGCAGAAAGGUCCUUUUGAACUAUAUCUCAUUAUUUUCCCCUUUUGCUUCUGAACCCUUAAAGUCCCUGUCAGCGAGGGUUUAGUUGAAGCCUUGCAACUUGCCUUUUGUCUUCCACAAAUGAUCGAGCUAUGCCCCGGGGAACAAAUGCCAUUUUAAUGGGCAUUGUUGUGUAAUUCAUUACAUAAGUCACCUCUGUGUUCAAAGGACUCGUGGCACAAAUGGCAGGAGCGGCUGAUUAAAAAUGUGCACCAUAGCUUCGUUAUGACAUGGGGAGAGAUGUCUGUUAUUUCUAAUCCGGUAGCUUUUAAAUGUGUGCAUCCAGCAGAGACCCAAACGGCCAUUAAAAGGGGCUGUGGGAUGAGAUUUUAGACUCCUUCCUUCUUUGUAACAAGCCUUGAGAAUCAGUUCAAGCUGCAAAAUGAACUUUAACCCCCCCUUUUUUAAGGCUUUCUCUCUCUGAAGCUGCAGGGCUGCUGUGUGUGAACACGUGCAGAAUGGGAGAGGACGGAGGGUUUCGUUUUUCAGGUGUGGGAUAGAGCAGAUACUGCAUGCUGAAGCUUAAGAAAAAAAAAAGGUAUAUUUUCAUUUAUGAUGGAUGUGAUGCAAACACUGGCCAAGCUGAACAGUCCGGUAGUGCAUUGCUGUGGCUGGAGCCUGCCUGUCAUCGAGCAGCACACAAACAUCUCCACAAGCCCGGAAGCAGACAUGGGGGUUUCUUUCUCUCUCUGAAGGUUCCCUCGGCUGCGGGUGGGUGAUGGCCUGCUCUGUGCUCUGAGCUCUGCACAGUGGUGAGCUUUCACUUUGACUUCAGAGUGAAGAGUAUGCUGCCAGGCUGGGCUGCUGGAAUUCACCAGCGUGUGUAUUUUGAGUUUAGUUUCUCGUGGUUUUUUGAACCUGAGUGGAAAACAACCAUCUCUCUAUGCUAGCGGUGCUGCAGGCACAAGGCUUUGACUUGCUGGCUUUCCCCUAAGCAGUCCAGUUUCUUCACACACAGGCACACAAACAGGUUAUCAGCCUUUCUUUGUGCCUCUUAUUCCUGUCUGGUUUGCAAUCCACAGUCCUUUCCUCAUCGCACCCAGCUUUACAGCACGCUGCAAGCAGCAGGGCCGUGUUGUGGGGCUGGGCUGUGGGCCUGCCCUGUGUGAGUGCAGCUGUGGCCAGCAGCAGGGCCAUCAGAGCACACCCUGAAGGAGGUUCCUGAGGUCGGUGUGUGGUCAGAGCCCAGGCACGUGCCGACCUGGGAGAGAUGGGCUUCAGAGCCGUGCGAGGCCGUGACUCAACAGCUGGAGCGUGUUCAAACACAACAGCGCAGGAGCCUUCUUAAUAGGGGAAUGGAAGUAGCCGUGAAGCGGGUGAUGUAUGGAAGCUUCCAGUCAGGAAUCAAGAAACUCAAAUCCAUAGUAAAGUAAUUUUGAAGGGAUUCUUUCUUUUUCCGGUGGUGUGCAGCAGCAAGGCAUCCAGGUGGAUGAAAUAGGAGGGGAUGGGAAGUCAGCAGUUCCUUUGAGGCAGAAGUGCUUUGAUACAACAGUGUCUUUUUUUCCCCAUUCCAGCUGAAAUCACUACGUCCAGCUUCUUACCCUGCCUUUUCCCAUUCAUCUUAUUAAUAUUUGGACUCUGUAGGAGUGUAUAUACUGCGUACCCCACUUCUGCCCUCAGGGAGAAGGAGGAGCUCGGGAGGCUGGUGCUGCUAUUCAGUGAAACACUGCCAAUUCCUCAUCAAUAGGAGGAGGGAGUAAUUGGAUAGAACAGUCUCCAAUGGGCAGAUUCCCAAGCUCAGGAACAGCCUCAAUGCUGCAUUAAGGAGUCUGGUUACUGCAGACAGGCAGGAAGGUGCGGAGGGACAGGAUAAGUGUUUGGAGCUCUGUCGUGGCUCUGUUUUCUCUGUGUACGUUAUCAAAUGAUUUGAUGAGUGAAGGCAUGCUGUGCCAUUUGAACUUUUAACUGGGCAGACAUAGCAUGCUAUGUACUUGAAUGGGAUACUGGAUGAAGAAAGUGAGCCUUUAAAAGCAGAGGUAACAGACCUAGGCAGCCUUACACAGCUGUGCUUUUUGUAGGCAGCUUUUAGCCCUCCUCUGUAAAAGCUUUGAUCUAAAAUGCCUUCCUAUUUCAGUGCAACUUCUUUGAGACCACUUCAUCCAAAUUCAUUACUAUGCAAACUGUGUUUAUAAUGCUUGCGUGGUAACCCUAAAGCCCAUCAUGCUGAAUGUCUGUUGGCAUUCAGUGAAUAUCAUAGAAUCCUUAGAGUUGGAAGGGACCUUUAAAGGUCAUCCAGUCCAAUAUAAUCCCAGCAGCUCCACAGCUUGACUCAUGAAUGUCGGGAGGGGGACCAGGGUUUGCACUGUGAUGUUUAUGUUUGGAAACAGAGAGAUUGUGCACCUGAAUCACUGACUGGCUGUAUGCUCUGUUCAGACAAGUUGCUUCACCUUCACAGAUGUGCCAAACAAAGUUAAGACCCAACUGUUCAAGGAUGAUGCGCUUGCAACACGCUUGGAAAAAGAUGAGAGCUAUUUUAAGUGCCAAGUGCAACUGAGUCUAAGAGAAUGAGUUUGUGACUCAUUUGGUUAACUGCAGAUGCAUCAGAAACUUAGAAGCAGAUCUGGAAAAUGCUUAUUGUAGUUGUAAGGACAGUAGUAAAAAGCUGCACGAAUGUGUGGUUGUCAGAGCAGGUCUUAAUGGGGUUGCUCAAACAAUAACCUUUAUUUCUGCAUCUGGCAGCUGUUUUACUUCAUUAGUACUAUUUUAAGGAGUUCCCAUUCUGCUUCCACUUGUUCCUGUCCUGGCUCUUCAGGUCUCUGUCCCCUCAGAGUGCUGCCGUGCAAGUGAUUCAGCAUUUGAUGUGACAAGGGGAAGAAGGUGGAGGGCAGUGGGUGGGCUGGUGGCAAUAGUGAAGGGGAUCUGCUGUGGGCAGAAGAGCUUUCCCCAUGGACAAGGCAUCUUUGUGAAGCUGCUGGCUGUGCACCCACUGCUGAGCAGAGUUGGGUAGAGAUGGCUGAUGGGAAGAGGAAAUGGAAAUUGCAGUCUGCUGAAAUCUUCCUGCUUGCUUGCCUCUACAAGGCUAAAUUAUCGCUGUAAACAAGCAAGGAGCAAGGGUUCUUUCCCCCUCAGACAAGCAGUUUGGAUCUUGCUGCUGCACAUGGAGGAGCCAGACAUAAUUUGUUGCUGCUACCAUUAUUUCCCUGUAGGUUAAUUAUUGUGACUGUUUGCCAGUCCUUUCCAAAAUGAAGUCUGAGCCAUGACUUCUGUCAGCCUGCAUAUCUGCACGUGUAUGGAAGUUCUCCCAUGAUGUACCAAACAAGUGCUUCUCUGUGGUGUACGAGGGCAGCCAGGCGCUGUUUCCAGUGGUGACCUUCAACACUGUGGAGCCGGAGAGGUUUUAAAGGUUUGGAGAUCCCCCUGUGGAUGUAAAGCAAUGACGUAAAUGGUUGCUAAGUUGGGGUGCCAGCUGCUGCCAGUGAUUCCUCAGAGUCCAACUGAUACCUCUGGGUCUAUCUGCAGUGACCAGUGUUGGUAGUGCCUCCCUCCCCAGUGUGCUGAACAGGACUCUAUACUGCAAAGAGAACUUGGAAUUCCGAGCGCUCCCAUCUCUCCUCGUUCACUAUGAAGCUGAAGGGCAAGUUUCAUUCACCAAAAAUAAAGAGAACUCCUUCCAAGAAGGGAAAGCAAGCUGACCUGACAGUGAAAACACCAGAGAAGUCAGCGAACAAAAACUUAUCAUGGCUAGAGGAGAAGGAGAAGGAGGUCGUCAGUGCUCUGCGCUACUUCAAGACGAUUGUGGACAAAAUGGCAAUUGAUAAGAAAGUAUUAGAGAUGCUGCCAGGCUCAGCAAGUAAAGUGCUGGAAGCCAUCCUGCCCCUGGUGCAAAGUGACCCACGCAUCCAACAAAGUUCUGCCAUCUCUUCCUGCUACAGCCGUGUGUACCAGAGCCUGGCCAAUCUCAUUCGCUGGUCUGAUCAAGUGAUGCUGGAAGGUGUGAAUUCUGAAGACAAAGAGAUGGUGACAACUGUUAAAGACGUCAUAAAAGCUGUUCUGGAUGGAGUUAAGGAGCUGGUCAAACUCACGAUUGAAAAGCAGGAGCAUCCCUCUCCCACAAGCCCUGUUAAACCCAGUUUACCAGCAUGUAAAUCUGAUAGCCCAUCAGAACUUCCCCUUACAGACCGAGAAAUGGAGAUCCUAAACAAAACAACUAAUAUGACUCAAUCAAACGAGCUACUGACAGACUCCAUGGACGAAGAGGUUGCACCUCCUAAACCCCCCCUGCCUUGCAUUCGUGUGGCAGAAAACAGCCCUCCUCCAGCCUUGCCCCCUAAAAAACGGCAGUCGGCGCCUUCCCCAACCAGAGUGGCAGUUGUGGCCCCCAUGAGUCGAGCCACCAGUGGGUCUAGUUUGCCUGUUGGAAUCAACAGACAGGAUUUUGAUGUUGACUGCUAUGCCCAGAGAAGGCUGUCAGGUGGCAGCCACUCCUACGGGGGAGAAUCUCCUCGCCUCUCACCGUGCAGCAGCAUUGGCAAACUCAGCAAGUCCGAUGAGCAGCUCUCUUCUCUGGACCGUGACAGUGGUCAGUGCUCCCGCAACACAAGCUGUGAAACAUUAGAUCAAUCAGAUCACUAUGACCCGGACUAUGAAUUCCUGCAGCAGGACCUCUCAAAUGCUGAUCAGAUACCUCAACAGGUGCCAACUACCCUCAGCCCCUUGCCAGAGUCCCUGGGUGAGUCUGGCUCCCCUUUCCACGGACAUGCUUUCCAGCUCCCACAGGGCAGCUCUUCUCCACUGGAAUUCUGCAGCCUCUCGGGAGCUGUGCAGCCAACAGAGACCCCUCCAGCUUUACCAGAAAAGAAGAGGAGAAGCGCAGCCUCUCAAACUUCAGACUCAAGCUGCAGGGUCUCAUACGAGAGACACCCUUCACAAUAUGAUAACAUCUCAGAGGACGAUAUGCAGAACGCAGGGUCUCUCUCAUCAGUACCCUGCACGCCAUUUGCUCCUAUUUUGCCCUUCCAACAAGGAAACUCUUCAGCACAAGUUGAAUUCAUUGCUGAUUUUGCUGCUCCAGAUUCUAACAGUGACCCAGAGAAGCCACCACCUCUGCCAGAGAAGAAAAACAAACACAUGAUGGCGUACAUGCAGUUUGUAGAGGACUACUCGGAGCCACAGCCAUCUAUGUUCUACCAGACCCCUCAGAACGAGCACAUCUACCAGCAGAAGAACAAGCACCUCAUGGAGGUCUACGGCUUCAACGACUCGUUUAUCAGCUUAGACCCUUCUCAAGAUCUGGCCCCCCCUCCUGCUCUCCCACCGAAGCAGCGACAGCUGCAGGCCUCCUAUGCUGCCUCUUCUUUCCCUUCUGUCUCCUACUGUGUCCAGCAAACUAAAGUGCCCUUCACCCCCGAGGACACCGGUGCCGCUCAGGGCCUCACUAUGUCAGUCUCUAACUCCUUUCUCAACCGGCACAGCUCCUUUCCUGUGCAUUCGGGCUGGAGCAAACGGCAUCUUAAAUUGGGAUCCAGUGGAAAAUCCCAGCAAAGCAGUAAGCCCUCAGAGUGCUUUUCCCUGCCGAGAUGCUUCCAGCACGCUCAGAGCUGUGGUUUCUGUAUGCCUUCGCAUCCCUUCAGCCAGCCUGGUGCUGUCCAGGUGUGCUCUGUUGCUCACAGCUGCAGCACCAGGCGUCCCUCCGUGCUGACCGCCCCGCUGCCACCAUCCUGCCCUGAGCGAGGGCUGCUGUUUGUGGAAGGCCUCACCUCACCACCAAACCUGCCCGCCCAGUACAAGUCUGUGUUUAGGUCCUACUCGCAGGACUUUGUGCCUCACAACCAGGUCUCCGUACCUCCUUUCCUGUCUUCUACCUCCUCCUCCUGCUCCACCGCGCCCUUUCCGCCCGUCCACCCGUCUCCGAGCUCUGACCUCGCAGUGCCAGCCACGGCCAGCCCGUCUCCCAGCACUGGGGAUGUGCCAAACUCCUCUUCGCAGGAGAGCAGCUUUAACGGGAGUGCUCCUGUCUGCCUUCCUUCUGAAACCUCUCUCACUGAUUCUCUGCAGACGCCUUCGAGUGAAAACGCCAGUGAGGAGGCUGGUGAGGGUGAAUACGUCAAUCUGUAUUCCUCUGGCCAGAGCAACGGGGAACUCCCUCAUUCUGGAGGAGAAUCUCCCUCUGUCAAAGACGGCCAUUCCAAAGACUCCACUUCAAACAGCAGUGCCAUGGGGAAGGAAGGCAAAGAUGGUGCUGAGAGGCAGCAGCAGUCACCAGAUGCUUUGGAAUCGUCACAGUUGGAGGAAGAAGUGGAUGAGCUCUCCCUUAUUGACCACAGUGAAAUUAUGGCUAGGUUAACACUGAAGCAAGAGGGAGAUGAUGGGCCAGAUGUCCGCGGUGGAUCUGGAGAUAUUUUGUUGGUGCAUGCAACAGAGACCGACAGGAAAGAUCUGGUGUUGUACUGUGAAGCUUUCCUGACUACAUACAGGACAUUUAUUACCCCUGAAGAGCUCAUCAAGAAGCUGCAGUACAGAUAUGAGAAGUUUUGCCACUUCCCAGACACGUUUAAGAAGCGAGUCAGUAAGAACACCUUCUUCGUGCUGGUGAGAGUGGUGGAUGAGCUGUGCUUAGUGGAGCUGACGGAGGAGAUUCUCAAGCUGCUGAUGGACCUGGUGUUCCGGCUGGUCUGCAAUGGGGAGCUGAGCCUCGCCAGAGUGCUGCGCAAAAACAUCCUGGACAAAGUGGAUCAGAAGAAGAUGCUGAGAUACGCCAACUCCAUCAAACCUCUCGCAGCCCGCGGGGUGGCAGCCAGGCCGGGCACCUUGCAUGAUUUCCACAGUCAUGAAAUAGCCGAGCAGCUGACACUCUUAGAUGCUGAACUCUUCUAUAAAAUCGAGAUACCAGAAGUUUUGCUUUGGGCAAAAGAGCAAAAUGAAGAGAAGAGCCCCAACCUGACGCAGUUCACAGAGCACUUUAAUAACAUGUCCUACUGGGUCCGUUCCAUAAUAAUGCUUCAAGAGAAAGCCCAAGACCGAGAGAGGCUGCUGCUUAAGUUCAUAAAGAUUAUGAAGCACUUACGAAAGCUGAAUAAUUUUAAUUCCUAUCUGGCCAUUCUUUCUGCACUGGAUUCUGCACCCAUCCGAAGGCUGGAGUGGCAGAAACAAACCUCAGAGGGCCUGGCUGAGUACUGCACACUGAUCGACAGCUCCUCGUCCUUCCGCGCCUACCGUGCAGCCCUGGCUGAUGUGGAGCCUCCCUGCAUCCCAUACCUAGGCCUAAUUCUGCAGGACCUGACCUUUGUUCAUCUGGGAAACCCAGACUACAUCGACAGCAAGGUGAACUUCUCCAAGCGCUGGCAGCAGUUUAACAUCCUGGACAGCAUGAGGUGCUUCCAACAGGUACAUUACGACAUCAAGAGAAACGACGACAUCGUGUCGUUCUUCAACGACUUCAGCGACCAUCUGGCGGAGGAGGCCCUGUGGGAACUGUCCCUCAAAAUCAAACCUCGGAACAUUACAAGGCGGAAAACAGACCGGGAAGAGAAAACUUAGGAGGAGGGUUUGUGCGAGCGAGGAGAAUUGCUCGGCAGACGCACAGAGGGCAGCUAUGAGACUGGAGUUCAGUAUUGGUACCUGUUACGGGGUGACACGGCCUCUCUCCGGGCCGGCGGCGACUUCGGGGCUGUGAGCGUUGGCGGAGCGGUGGCCGCCGCGCAGACAGCAGCGGGCAGAGAUCGGGCAGCGCUCGCCUCCCUCCUCCCCACGUCCCUCUGUGCCAUCGAGCAGCUCCCCACCCACGGAGAGAGCUCUGUGGAAGGCGGUCCCACGCAAGCGUGUUACUGAUGGUGUUUGGAAACACGCGGGCUUUUGUCUUCAUCCCGGACAGAGGAUGAGCAGAGCUUGGCGCCCACGGGCUCAUCUCCGCGGUGACGUCCAGCAGACAGAAGCUGAGGCUUCUCUCAGGCAGGUGGGGGUGGAGGAGCUCCGCUGCCUGCGGAGGGCCGGGUUUGUUUACAGGGGGCUGCGGUUUGCCCCGGGUCUCUCUCGCCUUCUCGCUGGGGUGAAGGCACCGUGAACGGAUACAGAAGAGGCAGUGAAUGGUGGGCGGGGAGCCGCCGUGUCCAGCCAUCGACCCCCCCUCCUCCUCUCAGAUCUCACUAUUUAAGCCACAGUGAUCCCUCCGACCCCUGGGAGCGUUGACUACCCGCGGUACGGCGCUCCCCUGCCCUGCGGGCCCGUAUCUCGUAGUGAUGGUACUAGCUUUUGCACAGUAAAUUGUGUAGUAUACGACUGUAAAUAUUAGUAUUUAGAAUCCAUUGGAGAUUUUUCUUUUUGAUGCAUGUCUGAAUACCGAUGGGUUUAUAGGAAAAAAAAGAGAAAAAAGUGCAAAACAUGACGUGUAUAAAACUCACAAGCAGUGACAGCAUCGUUCCGAGUGCUGGAAGGAAGGAGGCUGAGGGCUGCCCCGGGGCUGGAAGGAGCCCAGCACUCCUGGCCCCCUCCGUUCCUCUCCUCGUUGCCAAAUGGUUCUCAUCCCAAUGACCCGUGGUGCUGUGCUCUGUGACCGCGCUCAGAAGCCCCUUUAUGCCCCAUCCCAGCACCCCCCGCACCCCGUGCUCCCCUCCUGCUCCGUGUGCCUUACUCAGCCCCUCCAUCCCCGCUUCGUGUCCCCAUCCCCUCUCCCGGGCUGUCCCCUCCCUCCCUCCUGGCCCCAUUCGGUUGUUUACAGCGUGGGUCGUGGUUCUGAGCACGUGCUGUAGGUUUUCCCCCCUUGCAAGGCCUUCUGCAGAGCCGUGUCCCGCAGUCGCAGGUAUUGCAGAGCUCCAGCACAAUCCUGCAGCUCAGGGCCGUGGCUCACACGGGAUGUUUUGCAGAGCAUCCUCGCUUUACUUCUCCAUCGCAGGUCAAUGUUUGCCAAGCCUCUGUUUGUUCUGGGUGGAUCAGAGUGGCGAGCACUUCCUUCUGCAGAUUGCAAAGCCUUGCCCGGCUCCUGGCCGUGCCUGCAGCGGUGCGCCCGGCUCCGCUCAUGGGAUUGCACCCAACGUCAUCAUUUAUUUUCCCAGUGGCGCCGGGGCUGCAGGUGCAGGGCGUGAGGUGAGCACUGUGCCCUGUGCUGCACAGCCCACGGCAGCGGGAGCGGAGCCCUGGCUGUGCUGUGGCACAGAACACUUCAAAACCUUUUAUUUCUUUAUGGCACUGUGAGCAGCCCCGGGGCCGCACGCCGCGCCCGGCCAAAGCUUUGCAAUCCCCGAAGCGGGAAGUGAUUCUUUCCUUUUUCUUUGUAAAUAAGACUUAAAGAAAGCAACACGAUGAGAUGGAAAAGGCAAACGCAGCCCACACCCGGCGCAGAGCUCUGCUGGCCCUGAGCACAUCGCUGCUGUUGUGCUGCAGGAGUGUCAGUGCAGGGCAGCGCUAAGAUGGCCCCAUCGCUGCGGGUCUCUGUGUUCUGGGGAUGAGGGGAGCAGCAGUGCUGUGCCCAGGGCUCAGUGCAGAGGGAUGGGGUUGGGGGCGCCCGGCCCUCAGCUCACCUCUCCCCUGAGGGCAGCCCUGGGGGUCUCUGUUCCCCCGUGGGUGGGUAGGGGGGAAGCGAUGCGCGUUGCUAUGAGCGCCGUGCUGCUCCCCAGCCUCCCCCCAGCCUCAGCUGUUCGGCUGUAUUAUAUAUGUACCGCUAACCCGGUCCCAAUGGUGGCACCUUCCUGCAAACAUUUCAAACCUGUAACUUUUAUAUUAAAGACAAAUAAAUACCAGUAACAAACCUGCCUAACGAUCCUGUUUACAGUGCAUGCAGCAGUCUGUGGAUUAAAGUGACAAUCGAAUCCGCUCCUCAAA